AUGCGCGAAAGGUGUCGUCAAGACGAGAGAAGCGGCGGUACUGGGUGUGAAGCUUCCCGCAUGUCUGACCUGUGCGGGCACCUGGGUCUUGCUCGGACGCUGCUGCUGCUGCCGCUGGCCCCCGCCAGAACCGCCCCUCUGAACAGCUCCACCCCGGGCGCCACCACUGCUCCCGCCACCACUCCCACUGCCGCCACCACUGCUCCCGCCACCACUCCCACUGCCGCCACCACUGCCGCCGCCGCCGCCACCACUGCCGCCGCCGCCACCCCCAUUGUCGCUACCACCACCGCCACCAACGCCUCCACCCCCACCACCACUCCCACCGCCACCACCGCCAGUUCCACCGCCUCCACCGCCUCCACCGGCUUGCCAUCCGCUCAAGCAGGGCAGCGCGCAGGCAGAUCAGGGCGGCGCGCAGGCAGGGCAGGGCGGCGCGGCGGCUAG